UUGUACAUGGUUAUCUUUGGUCAUUUGGCCGCAGCGGCCGCCGUGCUCGGCCCCCUAGCCUGUCUGCUCGGCCCAGAAGUUGUCUUAAUCUAACCUGACCCGAAAUAAUAAUAAUAUGCAGACAAAAAUCGUUCUCUAGGACAUACAGAACCCAUGCAUUCGCUGUCCAAAGUUUACGUCUAAUAUCCGAUUUUUGUUUUCAAUUUCUUACUAUCGUUUACUAGUCUAAACGAAAUUUACUUCAACCAGAUAUUACAUAUUAAUAUAGAGAGUGAUAGGUUUUGUCAAGACUUUGACAACUUCCAGGCCAUUUUUGGACAUGAAGCUUAAAUGUUACACAUGUUUAAAGUUGCAAAUGUGGGCGCCCGGCCCCCUAGCAUGUCCAAGCCGCGCCACUCGGUCCCCCCAGUCUCUCCAAACGCAGCGCUCGGCCUCAUUGUGAACGCUAGGAAAGGCCUAAAUUAGAAUGUUUGGUUAGCUUAGACUAUCUUGCAAGGUCUACAGAAUGGAUCAGGUGCUGUUUCUGUUUGACCUGGACCAGGUUCUACCGGUUCAAGGAGAUCUAGUUCAGGAGGAGGACCAGGAGAUUAGGCUCAAUCUGAUAAAACAAACCUGUCUCCGGAUUCUCUUGGUCGGAGUAAACCGUCUCAACUUAGAUCAUAGAAACCUUCCUCACUUCGGGUUCAGGUUUUUUAGUUCUACUGACUUCUAUCCUACCCCGGAGCAGAUAUCUGGAAGUUUUGUUGAGUUGAACACGGAGAAUUGGGAGAACCUAGAAUCAGCUCUAGAAGAGAGAUUACGUAUCGUAGUGGAGAAUGCGAUUAAAGAAUCCACCCGGAAUAAAACUUACUUUUCUACUUAUAUGAAGUCUGAAGGACACAAGCGACCGAGUGAGAAAAUAAAAAUGUGCCUUGAGGAUGUGACUGCUUUGUUUGACUGGGACAGACCAACAUUACAAUCUCCAUGUAAAACGGCUGGGAAGGAAAAGGUUAAGCAAAGGAACACUGUGUUCCUGUUCAGUAAGAUUCCCAGGAACCUGGAGGAAAUGAAACUGUUCCUUCCUUCCUCCAUUAAUCAUAUCUCACAUAGGAACAAAGUUUCACAACUGUUCUCAAAGAAAGUUCGGUCUUUUUUCUGUGGUGAGUUGAGCAUAACUCUAAAUGUUGUGGAUACAUCCGAGUUUCACAAUCCUGCUCCAGUAGAUCAGGAGGUCAGGGGAAACAUUAUUAAAGUAUUCAAGGAGCUCGGAGGAUCCGUUAUACCCAUUCUCUCCUUGGCAGAAAGAGAUUUAGUCCCUGAAUCAGAAACUAGGAUUUUGAUUCCAUCAACUAACAAUCUCUGCAGUCUCCCUGUAUCCUCCGUACUUCUAUCUCACUCCAAGGAGUUUAAAGCCAAGGGAUUGGAGUCUUCUGUUUCCUCCGUCCCUCUUCGGUGUGGAGAAAACUCUGUUCCUUUUCACACAAAUAGUUCUGAUGCUGAUGAGCUUAAAAAUCUAGUCUGCCAAGGAUAUCUCCCAAGAUCUGUUCUUAAUAUCCAGUUUAGGGUUCAAUCAAGUUUUCAGGUUUGGGGAGAAAGUUCCGAGGCCCUCUCCAUCUUAAGAUAUCUACAUCGUACUGACCGGACAGGAAUAGUCAACUGUGAAAAUAAUCCUAAUAUGUUCAUCUUAAUUUGUGAGGACGAGACUAGCGGAGUUCUGCAGCUCCUUGAGAAAAGUGAUUCUAAUUUCUUGAGUUGUGUUCUUAGAAUGAGAAAAUAUAAACUUGAACCCAUCCUGCUGCCUGACAGUUGUAAGGACAUCCUAGAGAAUAUCUCCGAUGUUCCUGAACCUUCUCCAGUACCAUCAGAGAUUAGACAGGGUCGGUUCUGGGAUGCUAAUGCUAUAGAAAAAUGGAGAAUACCUAAUUCUGCGUGUUCUGGUUUGAUCCGACGAAUAAAAGAGCAGAAUGUUAGACGGAGACAUAACGAAACCUUCUCACUCAUGCAGAAGGUGCGUGAGAGCUAUGUUGCAAAAGAUCCUGUUCUUGUUUCCUCCAGCUUGACGAAGAAAGAUAGUGGAAUAUCUGAAGUAAACUCAGAGAGGUUCAGUUCUGACUCCAGGGGGAAGACUGAGCUGAAGAAACGUUUUUCCGAGUUAUCAACCGGUAGUUCUGCGAGUCAUAGUAGUAAAUCCUCUGGAGUUGGGUUGAAUUCUCGUCCUGUGGAGCUAAACAGAAAACUGUCCCGGGGUGCUUUUGUUCGGAACCUAGCUCAACAGUCGGAGGAGAGCAGGAGGAGUUUAACUCAAGAAGAGAAUACAUCAGAGAAAAUAUCCUCGGUAAUGAAUCCUACCUUAAAUCUUACAAGUGUUAGUUCAGGAAGAAUUAAGCUUGGAGAUCUCCGUCAGGAUGGAUAUGAGCAUCAAGUCAAUGCUGGAGAACCUGUUCAGGGUCCGUCAUCUAAAUAUGAAGAUACAAACUCAGCACGGAUAAUGGAAACCACAGCAACCCUUUUGAAUAAUAGAUUGAUCAGAGCUCAGAGAGAUGACGCGGAAAACGUAGAAAACCUGAUUCUUGAAUUGUGUGACAAUCCUGAACCUCCUCCAGACUGGAUACAACUGUAUAAUGCAGUGUCUCCACAGAAGAACAAUGUUGAAGAUUGUUUAGAUAAGGCUAGGGCUGCCGAUCCUAGGGAUAAACAGUCACCUAGUAGCAGUCCAGGUCCCUUAACUGAACCUGGAGUUAGUUUGCGGACAGGAGUAGCACAAGAAGAGGAGCUCAGCGUUAAUUUAGACGCAGAGCAACUAGAGAUUCCAAUGGUUGAAAAGUUCACCAAGGAGAAGGAGCAAAUAGCUCAAGUAUUGGUCCAACCUUUCAACGGACUUGAGGAACUAGAGGCAAGGUUUGAGACCAAAGUGGAUGAAAUAUUCUGUGAGAGCAGUGGAGAGGAUAAAGGUUCUCAGGAUGUUCAUUUUAACAUCGCAUCUGGCAUCUUUCAUCGUUUGUUCGGACACAAUUCUUACGCUGUAAGUAGUGUAACAAUGGUGCAGAACCCAGACCUGGAGGCAAGAUUCAAGCAGAAACAAAACUAUUUCCGUUUGUUAGGAAUCCCAUCUGAUCCUGUGUUUGGGUUUCAUGGAACCAAUGAAAGUAAUAUCGAUCCAAUAUUGAGGAACAACUUCAAGCUUGAAUCAGUGAAACGUGCUGCAUACGGAUUCGGUAUUUACUUUUCUGAAAUGCCGGAGGUAAGUGUCGACUAUGCGACUGGUUCCAAAUCAUUGAUCCUUUGUCAGAUUCUACUUGGUACUCCAGGGGUUAAUAGCAAGGAGGUUAAAGGUCUAAAGAGGGUAGGAAAGAAAACUUUAAAUGCACAAUCUACACGGUCCUGGGCCAUGAUCAUCGGAGAAACUAACGGAGUUCGUGAUGAGAGCAGCAUAGAUCAAAUCCUUCUUUCCUAUGUGAUUCAUUAUUGUCGGAAAAAUAAUUAA